AUAUAAUAAAGUUCCGAUGACAAUUCUAUGAAAGAAGAAACAAGGAAAGCUGAAGCUAUUAACAGGGCAACAUCUCUGCAAUGUCCGAUAAAGCGACUGUCCCCUUCGGCGGGUUCUUUAUUCUUCACCAUUCAACUCGCUCCCGACUCAGCGCUGAACUCGGUCACUGCUUGUUCAUCUGGGUUUCAUAUUUGUGCCGCAUGGUGGUCGCAAUCGGUUUGGCUGGGUCUCUAUGUAUGCAAAACUCAUGCCAGCAUGCUUCACAUAUUCAAAUGCUCAAAGCUUGUGGGAAACAUGUGCAACUCCAAUUCUUAAACAGGUGAAGAGUGAUUUUACCAGAUAUUGCAAUGGAGAUGAGCAGCAUUUGGAUGAGACAUGAAAACAAAUAUUCUUAUAUGACCAUAGAGAGACGGAAGGACACUCUCAAAAUUGCAAACCAGCCGUCUUUGCUACUCCCUUCUACUCAGCAUUCAAAGAGAGAAUUCCUUUCUCCUACUCAAAAUGGACGUGAUAUUAUCUUCUGCUCAGACUAAGAACUCCGAGGAUGUUGUGGCCAGUCCUCCAAUUCAAAUUGGGGGAACUGGAAAAUCUUGUCAUCAAUGCCGGCAAAAAAAGGAGAAUUUUGCUGCAACCUGCAAGAAUAUAAAGAAAUCGAAGAAUUGUCCGAUUAAGUACUGCCACAAGUGCCUCUUGACUAGGUAUGGGGAGAAUGCUGAAGAGGUCGCGCAGUUGGCAUAUUGGACAUGUCCGAAGUGUCGAGGCAUUUGCAACUGUAGUCUUUGCCAAAAGCGACGAGGUGAACAGCCUACUGGUCCCCUAUAUCAUAGUGCCAAGGAAUCUGGCUUUAAGUCAGUUGCAGAAAUGCUAGCAAUGAAGAAGAAUUUAGAAACAUCAAAUCCAUUAAAUGAGGGUAAUCUGAAAAAGGAGCCUGAAGUAUUUCUCUCAGGGGAACUUGGAAAUGAAUAUUUUUCAGAUGCAAAUGUCACUGAAGUUUGCACCAAAGACGAUAGUGGUGAGAAUUUUGGAAUGAACUUAGAGAGAGAAACAAUUGCAGAGGAAAUUCUUUUGCCACCUGGCAUGGAGUUAAAAGAAAUAUUUGGCAUCGAGUUACCACCCAAAGAUGUUGGGAAUGCAUUGCAAAUUUUAGAGUUUUGCAGAGUGUUUGGAAAGGCUCUUGAUCUCAAGGAAGGAGAAGCUGAAGCCAUUUUUAAAGAAUUGAUCAAUGAAGAAAUUAUGGAUGAACAUAACUCUUCACUGAUUCAAUUUCACAUUAAAUUGUUGGGAUUGAUUGUAAGCAAUUCGAAAAAAGAGUCUCCAUCCUUCUCAACCAAGAAUGAAACUAAUUCAUGGUUGAAACAUUUAGAGGAUUUGAUUAUGCAAUCAUAUCACCUUCUAAAUGAUUUCCCUUUGGAUUGGUUUCAAGAAGGCAUCAGUGGAUACUAUAAAUUGGAUUUGUCUAAAAAGUUUAAACUGAUGACUCUUCUUUGUGACGAAGUUUUGAACACUCAAAAACUAAGGAGUUAUAUUCAGGACGAAAAUUCAAGGCAUGCAAAAGUAGUGAAAGAAACAAAACUUAAGAUUGCUGCAGCUAAGGAAAAGAUAAAGUGUCUUGCACAAAAGUUGCAGAAUGAGAAUGCCAAAGUGUCCUCCAUUCCAGGGGAGGAGCAUGAUGCUCAUAUAAAGAUAAGAACUGAGGUUGACGAAGCACACAUUGAGAUGUUAAGGUUAAAGAGCACAGGUGAAAAAUACAAAAGUGGAUGUGAUGCCACGAGAAUCAAUCCAGAGUUUGUGGACAACAAUGGGAUGACAUUUUGGAAGUUACAAAGUUACAAUGACGAAUCGGUUCUUCUGCUGCAAGAUAUGAAGAUACAAGAUGAAACUGCUACUUUACCUGAAGAAAGCUGGUUUGUUUACGGUCUUCCAAAGAAGGACGAGAUUGAUAAAUAUAUAUCUUCAAGGGCUAAAAGACUUAAGAGUCUCAAUUCUCAAAAAAGUUUGUAGGAGUUUAUGUUUAAUGUUAAUUGUUCUUAAUAGCACAAUGCUGGCAAAAACCCUCAUUCCAUAUGGGUCUUCUUUCUGUGGAGUAAUGGUUUCGGUGGAAAUCUCCUUUGUUUUUGGACUCAAGGGACCUUCAUUAUUGUAAUCAUUGUAUAUAACUUUUUUGUAUUUUACUUUAGUGGUAUACGAAAUGAAAUUAUUUUUUUUUGUAAUUUAAUUACUAUUUAUAGUUGUAUUUUUUUUAUUUAACUAGUUAGAUGUACAAUAAUAUAUUCAUUGAAAUGUGAUAAUGUAUUCUUAA